UUCUGGAAGGAUACAGAGUCCAGGGAAAAUAUGGCAGAGGAACGGGUGCUACAGCUGUUAAGGAGCGAACCCAAAGAAUACCACCUGGCAAGAGACAUCGCAUCUCGCCUGGGAAUCGCUAAAAAUGAGGCUAACAAUGCCCUGUACGCGUUGAAGAACGCGGGGAAGGUAAAACAGGAGACAAAGAAACCACCGACUUGGCGAGCAGUUGUGGCGGAAACACCCCAACAGCUGCCUCUCCAGCAGCCUCAGCCCCAAGUCAACCUGCCACCCGCCCCAUCAGACAGGGGACAACCUCCACAGCGCCAUGACCAGCCACAAGCCAACCUGCCACCUGCCCCAUCAGAUGGGAAACAACCUCCACAGCAGCGCGUCCAGCCAUGGGCCAGCCCGGCUGGAAACAAGGCCCAGGGUCAUUAUAGGGGAAAGCAGAAGAGUGAUGAAACCAAGGAACGGCCCUUUACAGUUGAUCUUCCCAUCGUGAAGGAUAGCCAACUGGUCAACGAGGUGAUGAUCGGUGUAGGUGGAUUUGCCAGUGUAAACAAAGCUUUUCACACUGAUUGGCAAAUAGACAUAGCUGUCAAAACUCUACAUGUGAGUGCAGAGGGGGAGAAAGCACUCCUUUACUCUGAAGUUAAGAAGAUGUUGCUGGCCAGCACAUCACCACAUAUUGUGGACAUCUGUGGAAUCUGUUUGGGAUCUACCAGUAUCUCCUUGGUAAUGACGUACAUGGAGAAUGGCUCCUUGAAGAGUCUACUUAAGCGGGAGAAUGUCCCUCUCCCCUGGGCCAUUAGGUGGAGGAUUGCACAUGAGAUCGCCCUGGGGUUGAACUUCCUGCACUGCCUGGACCCCCAGAUCAUCCACUGUGACAUGAAGGCAGAAAAUGUCCUACUGGACAAAGAUUUCCAUGCUAAGAUAAGUGACUUCGGAAUCGCAAAAUGGAGGAAAAACUCAGAGCUGGUUAAGUCUGUGAGCCCAAUGGGACGCACCCCCACCCAUGCGCCUCCAGAGUGCUUUGCUGGUCAAGAACCGAACACCAAAUUUGAUGUUUACAGUUUCGGAAUUACUCUUUGGGAGAUUUUGGCAAGGAAGGAACCAUUUCAAGAUGGACCAGCAAAUUACAUGCUUGCAUCAGCGGUCAGAUCUGGACAACGUCCAGAACGGAGCUGCUUUCCCAGUGAGAAUGAAGUCAGUGGCAUGGUUGCUUUAACGUAUGACUGUUGGGAAAAUAUUCCUCAGCGCAGGCCAACUAUGAAAGAGGUCUGCUCAAGGUUGGCUCGGGGCUGUGCCAACUAUACAGAGAUUCACAUGCUGGAAGCGAUCAUUGCUAUCAAGAAAGCAAAAGACAAAGAGGAAGUCAUAUCAAAGAAUGGAUCUGGUUCAGAUGAAGUGGAGGAUUUGAAGUAGUCUGGCAUUUGGGGGCUAGUUGGAGGAAAUGUCAUACUAUGCAGACCUCAACCUUUGAAGACCAGCUGUCAGUAAUUGGUCACUCGCAGUUCGCUGUUGUUGGAAGUCUCUCAACACAUCCACAUUGAAUCAUCGGGCCAUACCGUUUCACUGGACAAUGUCAGAAUAUUAGAGACUGAACUGAACUACUUUGUAAGAGGUAUUAAGAAAGCCAUAUACUGUAAAAUGCAGAAAUGUUUGCGGUGGAUUAAUGUUCGCAGUUUUCGCAGUGACCACUUCACCGCGAACUGAAAACCGUCGCGACAUUUUUCUAUUAUGAUAUUAGACUGCAGUCUAUGGUGUUACAGUGAACUUAAAACCACCGCGAAAAAAUGGAACAUCCAAGAGUCGUGAUCUAUGAUAUAUUGUUGCUUGCUUAUUUAUAUUGACAAUGGAUGUCAAAUUGCUAUGUAUAUGAAUGUGGAAAAUGUACAUGAAAUGAUAAGUAUAGAAUACAACACGGUGUAUUUCGUAUCACCCGAGGUACCAGCCCGACCGCGGGAAGGAUCGCCUGAAGACCGGAGGGUGAUCCGACCCGCGGGAGGGUUGGUACCGAGGGUGAUGCAGAAUACACCGUGUUGUAUUUUAUUUAUGUCAUGUUGUAUUUUAUUUAUGUCAUACCCACCUGAGAAAACACAUAUUUCGAUGCGAAAUGCACCAGAAGUUGAGAAAAUGUUGUGUCCUCGAACAAGAGAUUGUAACAACAGCAAUUCUAACGUCCGGAUCCGGUAUUCGAUUUUUCAACCGUACUGUAUUCGGCCCAUUUGAAACAUUCGAUUUACUCGAAGGAAGCUUGUGUGAUACAACUUAGAACCCGUGUGAUACAGAAAGUUAUCACACGGUCCGGAACACCCGUAUCGAACGUUUUCGCGUCACAGGUGUGACAUAAAGAAUAAUAUAUGCCUAUAGUAUUGCUAGUCUCCAUAAAAUAGAAGUUGGCAAAUAUUUCCACAUGGAACUUUGAAAAAUUGUUCCUUCAUGUGUUUUAACAAGGGAUGUCUCCAAGACCCAUCCUUCCAUCCUGGAAAUUUGCUUGUUGGGAAGGAAAAUGAUUUUACUCCAUCCGUCCCAAAAAUGACAUGAAGCUGUUGCUUUCAUAAGUUUAUGAUGACAUAUUUAACCAGGAAAAUUAACAACAUGUUGGGCUCCCAAACAAUGAGAGGGAUGGAGAAAAAUUUUAAGCUCAAGACAGCCCUGGUUUUAGCUGAACAUUUUACCAUUCCAUGUAAUAUGCAUUUUACUAAAAAAUAUGUGCAUUACUUUUUGUAUUGAAAACAAUGCUCUUUAUUGAAAUGUUUUAACAAGUUUUAUUAUUGCUGCAAUUAUAGAUAUCAGUGUAUUUGCAUAUUAAUGAGGAAAGUGUAGAAACCUGCUAUGCCAUGAUAGGGGUAUAUGUACUCGUGGCAUUUUCAAGUUCCGUAAAGCUGAACAUCGUUGAAAAUGAAUUAUGUUAAUGAGGACCUCAUUUGCACAUAAAUUGUGAAGGGUAGACUAAUUUGGCAAAGGUAUAUGUCGUGGAACUCGUCUUGGUAGUGAUUUUGUGGCAUGUUGAAGUUAUGUCUGCAGAUGCCAGUCAGUGUACAAUACUGAAUCAGAUGUAACUGUGCAAAAUGACAUUAUGGAACAGACUGCAUAUCUCCAUGAAAUAUGAAAAUUCUGAUCAUACAAAAGACUGAAAAAAAAAAAAAAUACAAAAGACUUCCACAUGUAAUUAAUCUAUGCUUGGUUCUGUUCACCUUUAACUACUUUACAUGUUGGCAACAAACCCAGGCAUUCUUAGGUUAUCUUGUCUCAUACGCACGCACGCACGCACGCACACACACACACACUGAAUAUAAAAAGAAAGGGUUGAACAUUCCUGGAUACAUCUAGCAUUGAGUAAUAUACAGUUCUUUCUGUGACAACAUAACAUUACAUGUACAUUGUAAUGUUUGGGUCUUGGAUUUAUGAAUUACAUAACUUGCAUUUGACAGUGACCAAAAUCAUGAUGAUUGAAACUGUGUUCUCAAAUUUUGUCCUGAUUUUAUAAUGCUUGUUGAGUUCACUUGCUAACUGAAUGAUAGUGAACUCAACAAGCAUCAUGGACAAAAUUUCAGUUUAUGGACAAAAUUUCACUCACACAUGUUGAUAAAGUGUGCUAAGACUUUUUUCCAAGUUAGACCUUACAUAUGUAUGAUCUUGAGCAACCAUUGUAAAUUAGAUAUGACAAUGUUGAUAGAUAUUUGAUGUGAGGCUAAAUGUUUGAAAGGUUUUCUGAGUCGUUCUUCAAUAACCAAAAUAAAUGUUUCAUUAUAGUCAACCCUA